AUGGCCGCCUCGGGGGUGCUCCUGGCGCUCGGCGCUCUGCUGCUACCCGUCGCCGCGGCUGCCCAGGGGGUGCGCCUGCAGCCCUGGCUGGUGGGCCUGGCCGCCGUGGUGGGCUUCCUCUUCCUCGUCUUCAUUCUCAUGCUGGUCAACCGUGUGUGGUGCUCCAAAGCCAAACCCGAGGAUGAGGAGGCGUCUGACAUGGUGAGGAUGGAGACACACUAUGAAGAGGUGGAACUGAGCUCCAAGGACAAGGAGAAGAAGAAGAAGAAGAAGGAGAAGGAGGAGGGAGAGACCAACCUGGCAGUGGAGCUGCAUGAGGAGCUGCAGGCAGCCCAGGGAAGUGCCUCGAAGACAGCCUUCUGACACUGCCUCCAAGCAGCCCCCCCCCAAGCGUGCCCAUUCACACUUGAGCAGCAGGGAUCUGAAGCCACUUGAAUUGGGGUUCGGAGCCCACACCCCCAUGCAGAGACUUGGGGCGCACCCUGCUGCCCCUAAAGCUCUCCCUGGAGGUCUCCUGCCUGCCGACACCUCAGGGAGCAGCCCCUGCCCGUGCCGAGAUGCUUCAGUGUCCCCUCCUUGGCGGCUGCAUUAAAAGAUCAAGGUGUCUGAGGCCUCUGGGGACUUAGUCUUCCCGGGA